AUGUUACGUGUCAUUCAACGUUUGCAAGAAGAAAGCGAUGUCCAAAGUAUCAUCAUCCUCGACCGCUUUUUACAGAUACGUCGCUUAGAAUCCAAAUUAGUUGAAAUCCAAGUCUUACUUAUUGCUAUGAUGCGUAACAACUCCACCUACACAUUGAAUCGACCGGGCACACCCAACGGUUCUUCACCCACACCAUCAGAACCUACCAAUCCUCUGGUCGAGCAUCGUCAAUUAGAUGCAAACUUGCAUGAAUUAUCCUUAAUCAGCCAACGCAGUGUUUUAUUCAACAGCUUCAUCAAUGAAAGGGCCAGUGAUGAAAUGGAUAUUUUGGAAUCCGCCGAUGAAAAUGAAAGAGAAAUGGUCAUGAAGGGAAAGGAUAGCAAGUACUAUGGUAAUAAUGGUCUCCUGUUAUCUUCGGGUUUAACCAAACGCGUAAGAGAGUUGAUGAACUCUUAUUUGGUCAUUGAUGAAUAUCUCUUGAAAAAGAGUAUCGAUAAGGCCAUGAAAUUGGAUGAUUAUGAUCCUUCGACUGCACAAACCUCCACAUGCGUGGAUGAUGUGUUCUUCAUUUUGAAAACAGUGAUCAAGCGAUGUAUUUCUACUUAUGAACCAGACGUGGUGGCGGCUACAGUCAAAACUACAUUAAAGACUUUGGAGAUUGCUUAUUUAAAUCAAUUUCAACAAAAAAUGUCGACUGUUUUCACUUCGUAUGAUACGACAGGGAGAAAUGCCGAAAGAGCAAUUGAGCAGGCUAAAAUCAGUUAUAUGGUUAUACUGAAUAACUUGGAUGUUAGUGCGGAUUAUACACAUCGAUUGGCCAAGGAAGUGCAACCUAAUAUUACAAAUGGCAUAUGGUUGGAUGAAGAAAACGAUGUCAAAAAGACAAGGGGGUCAAUUCAAGAUUUCGAGAGCUUUGCAGAUAAAUUCAAGCAAUUAUUACAGAAUGGUUUGGAGCAAUUAUUAAAUCAGAUUUUAAAACCUCGUAUCCGACCUUUAUUCCAAGACGCCUAUCGUGAAGUGAAAUACGUGCUUGAAGAAGAAGAAUAUAACGAAGCGGAUAUUGAAGAACGAUUUGUAAAGAGAUUCAGACGUGGAUUUGAACACUUGAUCCAAAUCUAUCAACGUACCUUGACAGACAACAACUUUAGUACAUUAAUGGGUCUCGUGUUAGAAGCUUUAACUGCUCAAUGGGAGAGAAUUGUGUUUCAAACAAGGUUUAAUCAAUAUGGUGCUCUUCGUUUCGAUAAGGAUCUUCGUUCCGUCAUUCAUUACUUGUCUACCUUGACUGAGUGGUUAUCCAGAGACCGGUUUACACGAUUAAAUCAAAUGUCAACGCUACUAAAUUUUGAAGAGCCUUCUGAAAUAUACGACUUUUGGGGUCAGAAAGCAGGUCCUGUCAGUUGGCGUUUGACUGUGGCCGAAGUGAAAAAGAUUUUGGCUUUAAGACUUGAUUUUGAUGCGGAGGAAGUGGCCAACUUGUUGCCAAAAAGCUCUUAA